AUGGAAUCAUCCGCGUCCGGUUCAGGAGAAUCGCAAAAUCAAAAAAGAAGUGUUAUUUGGAUGCAUUUCACCAAUAUAUCGGAAGCUAAUGCAAAGUCUAAUCUUUGUAAAAGUAUUUAUUCGCAUAAAAAUGGAAACAUUAGCAAUUUAAGGAAGCAUUUGAAAACUAAACAUCCGACUCUUUCAUUGGAAGGAGAAAGGGCAAAACGGCGGGUGGAAGACGAAAAUAUGCCUAGGUGCAAAAAGAACUUAGUUUCAGGCAUUAAACAAGCAACCAUAGCCAAACAGCUGAAUUCAAGCCGAUCGAACUGCGGCAACAAGCUUCUGUUCUAUUUCUUGCUGUUACUAGAUAUCAAAGUUUACAGCUUCUGA